AUGACAGAUUAUGACAAGCUACGCAGAAAAGUAAUAUGGUAUGCCUUAGGAUGGAUCGCCAUAGUUAUAUUAACAACAUACUGCUCAGGUUCAAUAUUGAAAGACGAAUAUAACGGAGUUAUGACAUCAACUAUACACCUUUACUUAGAGUUACGCAAAAUAACUCGUGAAAUAGACUCAAUAUUUGGAAUCCAAAUAACUAUCAAAAUGGCAUGCUAUUUUGGUUGGAUAGCGUUUGACUUGCGCGAACUUCUCUACCCAAUACUUACCAAAAAUUAUGUCAAAGCUAAAGUAAUGUCCAUCAUGCUUCACACGUUCUACAUGUUUAAUCAUAUGUUCAAAUUUCUGCUCAUUAAUUAUAUGUGUGAAACAGUCACCACCAAGGCGAAAGCAACAGCAGAUAUAUUAAAUAGGUUAUCAUAUGUUACUUGUGAUAUCGAAAUUCGGGGAAUCAUUUCACAAUUUUCAUUACGAAUAGUUCAUGCCCCACUUAGAUUCUAUGGAAUUGGACUUUUCCAAUUUGGUUUUAAAUUUCUUCACGGAUUCAUUGCAUCUGUAGCAACCGUUGUAGUUAUAAUACUACAAGCAGAAGUAAAUAAGCAAAAAUUUAUAUGA